GGUUUUCGUUGAAUGUCUCCCCUUCUACACUGACAUUUUUUUUUUCAGUCAGAGACACAGAAAACACUGCUGCUGUGAGCGACUGUGCGGGAGCAUUGAGCUUCAAUGGAGGCGGCGCCGCCACUUGCUUCCUCACAAUCUCGCUUCUUCUCAUCUUCCUUCUCCUCCUCUUCUUCUCCUUCAUCUACACCGUUUAUUCUUCACCGUAAUUUCCACAGAACCAACCUCAAAUUCAAAUCAAGAACCCUUUCAAUUCGCUGCUCCGGGGCCACGGAUAAUGUCGUUACUCUUCUUGAUUACGGUGCCGGCAAUGUCCGUAGUGUGAGGAACGCGAUUCGCUUUCUCGGAUUUGAUAUCAAAGAUGUGCAAACUCCAGAAGACAUUCUAAAUGCAAAUUGCCUUAUUUUUCCAGGCGUUGGGGCAUUUGCUGCAGCCAUGGAUGUACUAAACAAGAAAGGGAUGGCUGAAGCUCUAUGUACUUACAUUGAGAAUGAUCGCCCAUUUUUAGGCAUUUGUCUUGGGCUACAGCUACUUUUUGAGUCCAGUGAGGAAAAUGGACCAGUGAGAGGUCUUGGCUUGAUACCUGGUGUUGUUGGGCGUUUUGACUCAACUAAUGGUUUCAGAGUACCUCAUAUUGGAUGGAAUGCUUUACACACAGUGAAAGACUCUGAAAUUUUGGAUGAUAUUGGAAAGCGUCAUGUCUAUUUUGUUCAUUCUUACCGUGCCAUGCCAUCAAAUGAUAACAAAGAGUGGGUUUCAUCUACUUGCAAUUAUGGUGAUAAUUUCAUAGCAUCAGUCAGAAGGGGAAAUGUGCAUGCAGUUCAGUUUCAUCCAGAGAAGAGUGGAGAUGUCGGGCUGUCUAUAUUGAGAAGGUUCUUGUAUCCAAAAUCUUCCACAACAAAGAAACCAGGGGAAGGGAGGGCUUCAAAACUUGCAAAAAGGGUAAUUGCUUGUCUUGAUGUGAGGACAAAUGAUAAAGGAGACCUUGUUGUAACCAAAGGAGACCAGUAUGAUGUAAGAGAAAAUACAGGAGAGAAUGAGGUAAGGAACCUUGGCAAGCCGGUGGAGCUUGCUGGACAGUAUUACAUAGAUGGAGCUGAUGAGGUCAGUUUUCUGAAUAUUACCGGUUUCCGAGACUUCCCUUUAGGUGAUUUGCCCAUGUUGGAGGUAUUGAGAUACACAUCAGAAAAUGUUUUUGUACCAUUGACAGUCGGAGGUGGAAUUAGAGAUUUUACAGAUGCAAAUGGCAGGUAUUAUUCUAGUUUGGAAGUUGCUUCAGAAUAUUUCAGGUCAGGGGCAGAUAAAAUUUCUAUUGGAAGUGAUGCAGUUUAUGCUGCUGAAGAAUAUAUAAGAACUGGAGUGAAGACCGGAAAGACCAGCUUAGAACAGAUUUCAAGAGUUUAUGGAAACCAGGCAGUGGUUGUAAGCAUUGAUCCCCGUAGGGUUUACAUCAAUGCUCCUGAUGAUGUAGAGUUCAAGGCUGUUAGGGUGACAAACCCAGGGCCAAAUGGAGAGGAAUAUGCCUGGUACCAGUGCACUGUUAAUGGUGGGCGAGAAGGUAGACCAAUUGGAGCUUAUGAGCUUGCAAAAGCAGUUGAAGAGCUGGGAGCUGGAGAAAUACUACUCAACUGCAUUGAUUGUGAUGGUCAAGGGAAAGGAUUUGAUAUAGAUUUAAUAAAGCUGAUCUCAGAUGCUGUGAGCAUUCCUGUGAUUGCAAGUAGUGGUGCGGGUGUAGUUGAGCAUUUCUCAGAGGUUUUCAAGAAAACAAAUGCAUCUGCUGCUCUUGCAGCUGGCAUUUUCCACCGGAAGGAGGUACCCAUUCAGUCUGUCAAGGAGCACUUGUUAGAGACAGGCAUAGAAGUCAGAAUGUAACAUGAUCAUCACUGAUAUACCUUUUCAGUACUUCACAACAAAAAAAAAAAAAAAAAAAAAGCAAGAAAAGCAAAGAAAAAUGUCUGAAUUAUGAUUUUGACCGAGCAUCUGUGAGUUCUAAGUUACUUUUCCGGCUCUGUACUGCUUUUCAAUUAAUAUAAAUUGUAAGAAGCAUAGCUGAUGAGCUUGCGAAGCUAAAUUUUAUGACUCAUUGUUACAUACUCUUAUCUUUGAUUAUCUAGUAUUGAUAUGAUUUCCC